AUGCGCCCAACGGGUCAGUUGACAAUCGCAUCAACGAAGGACGGAACCGACAGAAGUUCUUCAUUUCUCGAGUCCUCUCCGGCAUCACAAGAGAACCCCAAGCGCCCAUCGAGAAGUCAAGUUCCACAGGAAACUCUUGAUGCGCAGACGCAGUUUGGGGAUGAGGAUGCCGAUGGCUGCUCCCACCAUCGAGUAAACCAGUAUACAAUCUUGGACGAAAUCGGCAGAGGUUCUUAUGGCGCUGUUCAUCUUGCAAAGGACCAAUUCGGAAAUGAAUAUGUGAGUAUUAUACCCCCAAGCCAGCUGCCAGCCCAAUUCUGUCUCCGACUUACACAGCCUCAGGCCGUGAAAGAGUUCUCCAAGGCUCGACUCAGAAAACGUCUCCAAUCCACGAUCCUCAGGCAGGGUCCUCGAGGCCCAAGGCGUAUGGGCCCUGGCGGUCGAGAUCCCUUCAAUUCAGUGCACCGGGUCAAAGACUCCAAUGAUGCCCUCCACCUCAUUCGAGAGGAAAUUGCCAUUAUGAAGAAACUAAACCACCCCAAUCUAGUACAGCUCUAUGAGGUUCUUGAUGACCCCGAGGAAGAUUCCAUCUAUAUGGUCCUAGAGAUGUGCCGAAAGGGUGUCGUUAUGAAGGUCGGCCUUGACGAACAUGCCAAUCCCUACCCUGAGGAAAACUGCCGCUUUUGGUUCCGAGACCUUAUAUUGGCCAUUGAGUAUCUUCAUGCUCAGGGUGUCAUCCACAGAGACAUCAAGCCAGAUAACCUGCUCUUAUCUGACGAUGAUGUGCUCAAGGUCGUUGAUUUUGGAGUUUCUGAGAUGUUUGAAAAACCCGAAAAUAUGAGAACAGCAAAAUCUGCAGGAUCACCCGCCUUUCUCCCCCCUGAACUUUGUGGGAAGCAUGGUGACGUGUCGGGCACCGCUGCUGAUAUUUGGUCCAUGGGAGUUUCGCUCUACUGCCUCAAGUAUGGGCGCAUUCCAUUCAACCGUGACGGCGUCUUGGACAUGUACGACGCUAUCAGGACCGAUGAACCUUCCAUCCCCGAGGACGAGAACCCGGACUUUGUCGACCUCAUGCAGAAGCUACUCAACAAAGACCCGGAGCAACGCAUAAGCAUGGACAAACUUCGAGAGCACCCCUGGGUCACCAAGCAGGGUACGGACACUCUCCUCUCCGCUGAAGAGAACUGUGCCAACAUGGUGGAACCUCCAAAUGAGCUUGAGGUUAACCGUGCCUUUACUCGCAAGAUGAAUCACCUUCUUUGCGUCAUGAAAGCCAUCCAUCGCUUCAAGUCCAUUCUGGCCAAACACCGGGCCAGAUCUAACAGUAGCCCGCGUAAAGACGGCGAAGGCACCCUUGACGCGUCCCAGGAAAGGGCAAAGGCAGAGGUGAUCGAGGCGUUGCUGUAUCAGCGGCGCAAGUUUCUGAAUCAAAAGAGUGAUGAAGGCAGCCAAAUCCCGCCAAUCCACGAAACUGUGGGAAACAAUACCCCAUUCUUGGGAAUCGGCACUGGAACAAUGAACGAGUUCGCUUCCAAUGAGGCUACUCCAGAUAUGGUGUCCGAUUCGCCAACGGCAGUUGACUUCAACGUGUAUGACCGAGCGUAUGAAACUGCUAUAGAGAACAUCACGUCUGGCCGGAAUGAUUCUUCAAGAGGACCGACAGUAUAUUUGACCAAGUUAGUCAAAGAGACACAAAAACUGAAGGGGUCCCCUGGGCUCACCGGGAGUGACGACUUCUCCGAGAAUUCAGAUGGCCUACAGAAAUCGGGGCCCGCAGCCAAGCUUUCGCACCUCACAUCCAAGCUUGACCUCUCAGGGAAGCAAUAA